UUACCGAUCAAAAUACAGGCAGUGCAAAGGAAAUAUUGUUAUACCGUUUCUGAGGUUUGUUUUCGAAAGAAGCAUAGCUUAUUUCAGAAUAUAUCAACAAAUUUGACUUUAAGUCCAGAUAUACGUUACAUGAAAUUGCCAACUUUAUACCGAAAACUAUCGGUGUUUCAGUAAUAUCCUGACCUGAUUCUCAAACUACCAUACACAUUUCCCUUGUUUACAUGGUUGUUUUGGAUUUGCAGCAUUAGCAAAAUAAAGAAACAUGCCUAAGAAAAAGUCAAAGAAGUCGGGCAAACUGUCCAAGAUGACAGAGGAGGAGAGGAUCGCAUAUGAAGAGAACAAACGCUUAGCCGAAGAAGAAAUGAAGAAAAAGAAAGAGGAUAUGCUUACACAGUUCUUAAAGGAUAAAUUAACCAAGGAGGAAAGAGCAACAAAGUUUAAUAUGAACAAACUGAAUCAUCAAUGGAGAAACAUAAUGAGGGAAUCUAAAUCUAAAGAACUGAAGAAAGACAUCGAGAUUUUGAGUCAGACAUUUGAGAGAAUUGUGGACAGAAAAGAUGCAACUAUUAAGUCUCUAGCCAAAGAUCUCCAGGAAGCUGAGGAACAGUAUGCCAUGGCUCUACGCAGUCAUCUACAGAAUGUCGACAAUCUCAUUGAUUUACAAAAGGAGAGACUGGAGACGUUACAUAGAGAGUAUGAUGAGGAACUGGCCAUCAUCAGAGAGGAAUUUGACACUGAACGUGCCAUAAUGAUAGAGCAACAUAACGUUGAAAAUAAUGAUAUAGCAGACAUUUUAUUUGCGAUGGAACAGAAUUUCAAUGAGAAAGAAUCUGAGGCUAAAGCUGAGUUCCACAGCUUACGGGAUGAAAUCAGAAAUAAGGAUAUGGAGGAGAAGCAUGGACUGCGACACACACUGCAGGACAAAGUGGAGAACCUAUGGCUUCAGUUUAAAUUGGCACUGAAAAAUUACAAUGAAACAACAGAGGAAAGGAAAACAGCUUUUGAGACACUGAAGAAAAAAGAUGAUGAAUCUGCAAAAGAAAUUGAUACCCAGAUGAGAAGACUUCAAAGAAUAUCAGACCAAAUAUCCCAGUUAAAAGGAAAGAUGUCAGCGAAUGCUAAAGAAUGUGAGGAAAGAAACAAACAAAUAAAAGAGGAACGAGAGAAGAUGCUGGCACAUUUCCAGGAGCUCAAGGCUCAAAUGAACAAGAUGAGAGAAGGUGAGAGAGACAAGCUGACCAAACUGACACUGGAGAGUAAUGCUAGCAUCAAGGAGCUCAAAAGACAAAGAGAGAAGGUGGAGAGUAUAAUGAAGGUUGCAGAGAUGUGCAGGAAACUAGAGACAGAGGAGGAGAAAGUCCUCCCAUUUUACGCCACUUCACUCACAAAGGAGGAAGUGGAAGAUGUCGAGGCAGCCAUUCUAGAGCAGGCUAAUGAACCUCUUGUGCAAAUCAUGCAUGAGUACACCUCCUUGGAGAAUUUCUGGAAACGGUUUAACAAAGUGAUGCUUGACAAGCUUGCCCUUGAUAAGGAGAAGCAGGGCCUAGUACAGGAGAAUCAGCAGCUUAGAACUCUUCUCAAACAGUAUCUUGACGGUAUCUCUGUCAAUGACGAGAUCCUCAGCCAAGUCAACCCACUCUUUAUUGUCAACAACAAAACAAACGUCAAGUUGAACGUCCCAGUCUUGGAUCCCCGCGUACGUCGCCCUGUCGCCCAGACGGUUGUGGAGGCUGCUCACGUGGUCAAGCACGUCAUCCACUCAUAGGCUUAGGGUCAUAAGGUCAAUACUUCAACGGUCAAACUGGACAAGAUCUACAUUGAAUAAUAUCGAAAAAAAAAACAUUUAAGGCAUUGUAAAGGACAUGGGAUGUGAAUCAGGAAACUCUGUGUGCCUCGUUAAAGUGUUCAAGGAGAAAAGAUCUCCCUUGUGAUAUGAUGGAACAGUAACUUCAGUGCUUUAUACCUGUCUUUGGGAUGAUUAUCCCUUUAAGGUUAAUCAAGUGUAAAAUUAUUUUGCUGUUUUUACGACAGUAUUGAUAGGUAUAUAAACACCAUAACUUGAUGAUGUUCUAUACUUAUACAAGGAAGGGAAAAUAUUACCCACACAUGGGUGAGUGUUGUCUGUGAUAUUUUGUACAUGUGUAUUCUGUGUGAUGUCACAGAUAAAUACACCAAUAUUGUAAUUUACCUGUACAUCUAUUUAAAUGUAAAUAAAUAAAAACAGGAAAUAUCUA